AUGGAUCCAUCCACGAUGGCAGCUGCAUAUACUGAAUUAUUCUUAAAAUACCAAGCUCUUUUGGUAGAGCACUUGCAGCUGAAUGAAAAACAUGAAGAGCUUAAGAAAGUGGCAGGUUGUUGCAUGGAACUUAUUCAUGAAUAUGGUGCCAACGAUUUCAAUGAAACUUAUAAUAAAGUAAAAUUCCAUGCUAGUGUGGAUCCUGAACUAGCAAUUAUAACAGUAAACAUUUUAGGACUAUCAGAAAGGCGAGAUGGAAAUGGAAAUACAAUACUUCUUCGAGCAUGUAAGGAAGGAAAUUUAAACUUUGUAAAGCAAUUAGUUGAAGUUCGCGUUAAUUUCGAUGUAGAAAAUAACAAUGGAAAUGAUCCUUUGUUAAUAGCAGCAAAUAUAGGAAACAUCGAUAUGGUUGGCUACCUCCUUUCAAAAGGAUUUAAGAAGGAUUACGUAAGUACUAAAACUGGUAAUACUUUGAUGCAUGCUGGUGCAAUUUCUAGUUCAGUUAAUAUGAUGAGAUACCUAUUAACACUGGGUUUAGAUCUUAAUGCUUGGAAUUUAGAAAACGCAUCAUCCUUGCGUAUGGCUGUAAUUGAAAAUAAUAUAGACAUGAUAAAGUUCAUGUUGACUCUAGAACUUUCGUACUAUCGAAAUAGCUCUGCAUUAGUAUAUGCUGCCAAAUUUUCAAGCGUUGAACUGUUUAAAUAUAUCUCAGAUACCAAACCAGAUUGGCGCAGAGCUCGACGUGAUGAUACAUGGUCUAAUAGAGAGUUAACUAUUGUUCAUCAAGCAAUAUAUUCGAAAAGAAAAGACAUUCUUGAAUAUAUAUAUAUUAUUUCUAGCGAUAAUUUCGACCUCAAGCAAAAAGAUUCAAGGGGUCAGAAACCUGUACAAUUUGCAGAAAUGCUUUUCAAGCAGCAUGGAAACGAUUUCAAGGAAGUAUAUAAAAUGAUUAAGAAAGGAUCCAGCUUCUUUAGAAGACUUUUCAAAUAA